GUUGGAGGAAUGGAAUGAAUUUCAUUCGCCAAACCUUUUCCUAACAUUAAUCCCGUUUUAUAUGGAAAUAUGCGCAAAAGAAUUGAACUUUUAUGGAGACAUUCUAAUCAAGAAUUUGUCGAAAACUGUUACUCUGUUUACCGAUUCUGUCAUAAAUGACUUGUUAUCACAAAUCCCAUACAAACACUCACUUACAGUGCAAAAGAUGGCCAAACCCUAUGAUUAUAUAUGUUUACCACAAAAUAAGGAGAACUGUUUCAAUACAUUCUGUCCACUUGUGGUCAACCCUCGACACUCCAUCGCUCUAUCAGCACAUCGACUCAUGAUUAAAUUCAUACCGUUUCUCAUGCAAGAUGUCAUUCAGACAACAGAAGUGUUGGACAGAGAGGAAGAGGAGAAUCUUUUAUCACCGCCGAAGACAAUACUAUCACUUUUGGAACAAAUGGAUGGCAUAAUCGAUACAAUGCUGUCUGAAUACCUCAUCGGUGACUGUAUAUGCGUUGUAGAGGCGGACACCGACUCUUUCACCUAUACUUUGGGAUAUCUAUUGCUUUGGACACAAAUUCUGGAGAUUUUCGGACAAUUAAGCGACGAAAUGAAGCCACAGUUGACGGCAUUCCUGAGACAGUCGUCGUAUUUGUCGCGUCUGUUGGAAAACCUGUUCCGUUUGAUGCCAUUAUCGGCCACUGAUGUGAACGCCAUCGACGGUCAGUGGUUGUCGACGACGACAAUAAACGAAUGGACAGAAUCGCUGGUCGACCAGCGACUGGAGUCGACACACAUUCAACGCCUGUCCACUCACUUGUAUUACCUAAUCCUGCGUCGACUGCCGGCGUCUGUGAGGCAGUGGUGGAACAACUGCGACCGCAAGACCGCCGACGCCGUCAAUAAAUAUACGGCCAGUUAUUUCAGUGGCGUUCUCUGCGCUCAGGAGUUGGAGGCCGUCCAGAGGGCAGACAUCACGCAAUUCAAGAAUAUGGCGGUUAAGGCGCGACCACAGGCUCGCGAAGUGGUCGCCAACUAUACCAUCGAAGAGAUCACUAUUGAGCUGUUGAUCCAAUUGCCGGCUAAUCAUCCGUUAGGACCGGUCGGCAUUGAUAGCGGACGACGUGUGGGCGUCAGUGGCACCCAAUGGCGCACUUGGCUCUUGCAGUUGACCACAUUCCUCACCCAUCAGAACGGCUCAAUACUCGACGGACUGAUACUCUGGAAGAAGAAUAUCGACAAACGCUUCGAAGGAGUGGACGAAUGUAUGAUCUGUUUCUAUGUAUUACACGGACAGACGUGUCAACUGCCGCGCCUUCAAUGCAAAUACUGUAAAAAGAGAUACCAUUCCGCGUGUCUGUACCGGUGGUUCAAUACGUCCAACAACAGCACCUGUCCCAACUGUCGCAACUUAUUUUGAAGUCCAAUCACUUGGUUAUACCGUUUUUGGGACACAAUUUUAAUGUAAU